AUGAGUUCGGAUAGUAGCAAAAAAGAUGAACGGUAUACAACUUCUUGUGGUCAUUGUACAUUUACAUUACCUGUGCGAUAUCAAGAUUUAGUUCUUAUUGGACAAGGAACUUAUGGUAUUGUAGUUCGUGCAACUGAUACUGCAACAGGUAAACACGUAGCUAUUAAAAAAAUUCUUCGUCCUUUUGAAACUGAUAUACAUGCAAAACGAACUUAUCGAGAACUUAAACUACUUAUGUAUCUCAAUCAUCCUGAUGCACAAGUGGUACAAUUAUAUAAUGUAUUUACACCUGAACAGAAUGUAAACGAAUUUCGAACAAUAUACUUAGUAUUGAACUUUGUUGACCGUGACUUGAAUAAACUUCUAUUGCAACGUGUACCAUUUACAGAGCAAGUCAUUAAACUAACUAUCUAUUCAAUUCUUCGUGGUUUGAAGUUUAUUCAUUCAGCUGGGGUUCUCCAUCGUGAUUUAAAACCAACAAAUAUUGGAAUCGAUCGAAAUAGCAAUGUUACAAUUCUUGAUUUUGGAUUAGCGCGUGUUGCAACCAUUGGUUCUCCCACUGCCUAUAUUUCUACAAGAUGGUGGCGUGCACCAGAAAUAUAUGUCAAUGACCAAAACUAUGAUGAAAAAAUUGAUAUAUGGUCUGUUGGUUGUAUAAUGGCAGAACUAAUUCUACUUAAACCACUUUUUCCUGGAGAAACUACUUAUAAUCAGUUAAAUAAAAUAUUUGAUAUUAUUGGUACACCCGAUUCAAAAACAUUACAAGAGACAUGUACACCAGAAGUAUCUGCUUAUAUGAGUCGACUGGAACUUAAACCAAAAAAAAAUUUUAAUGAAUUAUUCGGUUAUCAAAUUGAUCCAUCAACAGGAAAAACAAUAUCUGGUGUUUCAGCACAAGGUGUUGAUUUACUUGAUCAGCUUCUAUCUUUUGAUCCUCGUCAACGUCCAACUGCUGAACAAGCCCUAGAUCAUCCGUUUUUGGAAUGUUGUCAUGAUCCAAAUGAUGAACCAACUAUAGAACCUUUGAUUGACGAAUAUCAAAAUGCAGAAUAUACUGAAGAAGAAUGGAAAUCUAUUAUAUGGCAAAUGGUUGAAGGAUUUAUACCACCGUCUUGGGCCAAUAAUGCUGCAAAGGACGAUUCAUAA